GCUAAACGUUUCAAAAUUGAGCAGGCAUUGAAACACAAAUUUUCAGAAUUUACAGAAGACAUUGUAUUAUUACAGUGACGAAACUGAAAUUGGAAUACAAACAAUUCGAUAAAAGGAAUAAACAACAAUAAGCAUGACAUUCAAUCCUGGAGUUUACGAAGCCGUCAACAAAUUACUGGCGACUCCGAAGCCAAAAUAUCCCUACAAAUCGAUUCGGUUGAGCCACUCGAUCCGUAACAAAUUGAAUGUGUGCGUUCUUGGCGAUGAGUUGCACUGCGCUGAGGCCAUUAAAAAUGGCAUACAUUGCAUUAAAGCAAACAUCGUAUUCAAACCCAAGAAGACCAUCGAAUACUAUAUGAAGAAAAUAAUCAUGACCUAUGAUGCAUUUCUUAUUUCGGAUAGUCUAUGCGCUCAAAUGCCAAGCAAAAUGGCGGUCCAAUUUUUCAGGGCCAACAAAAUCCUUCGGCUGUUGAGCCACGACAAACCGAUGAUGGAAAAAAUCGAAGAAUUGAAAUAUACCAUAAAUUUCAAGUUGAUCAACUCACGCAAACUGUGCUCUGUGAUUGGCAACCUUCGCUUGACUCCGGAAGAGCUUAAUGACAACAUCAUCACUGCGAUUCGUUUCUUAGUCCCGCAGCUCAAGGAUAAAUGGGGCAAUAUCGAAAGCGUCUAUAUCAAGACUCCCGAGGGAGAACCGCAUUUGGUCUUCUAACUGUUUGAAUCGUUGCAUUUCUGUUUCAUCCAAUUUAAGUUAAAAAAAAAAUCUGUGACUGUACCAAAUAAAAUGUAAUCUGCUGUUUGAAG